AUGGACCGCCUCAACAGCUUGAUGCGAGGGAGUAUGAUGGGUGGCAGUUCAGCGCCUCCAGGUGCCGACUCCAACCUCGUCGAUAAUUCGGAGACAGUCUACAUAUCCUCCUUAGCUCUCCUGAAAAUGUUAAGGCAUGGCCGAGCCGGCGUACCCAUGGAAGUCAUGGGGUUGAUGUUGGGCGAAUUCGUGGAUGACUAUACUGUGCGCGUCGUUGACGUCUUUGCUAUGCCCCAGAGUGGUACAGGUGUCAGCGUUGAAGCUGUGGACCCUGUAUUUCAGACUAAGAUGAUGGAUAUGCUACGGCAGACAGGCAGACCAGAGACUGUCGUGGGAUGGUACCAUUCACAUCCUGGAUUUGGCUGCUGGCUAUCUUCGGUCGAUAUCAACACGCAACAGUCUUUCGAGCAGCUCACUCCGCGUGCUGUAGCAGUAGUUGUCGAUCCCAUUCAAUCAGUCAAAGGCAAAGUUGUCAUCGAUGCUUUUCGAUUAAUCAACCCCCAAACCCUCAUGAUGGGCCACGAGCCCCGGCAAACGACAUCAAAUCUCGGUCACUUGAACAAGCCAUCAAUACAAGCGCUCAUCCACGGUCUGAAUAGACAUUACUACAGCAUAGGUAUCAAUUACAGAAAGACGGGUCUUGAGGAGAAUAUGUUGAUGAACUUGCACAAGCAUGUCUGGACAGAAGCAUUACAGAUGGACGACUUUCGGGAAGAGGGUGGAAAGAACCAAGACAAACUGAAGAGGCUUGUCGGGCUUGCGGAGGGCUACGAGAAGCGUGUGAAGGAGGAGACCGAGCUUACGAAGGAUCAAUUGAAGACGAGAUAUGUCGGCAAGGUUGACCCGAAGAAGCAUCUGGAAGACGUUGGUCAACAACUGAUCGAAGACAACAUCGUGUCAGUGUCAAGGCAAAUGAUAGACAAAGAAGCUUCCGUAGCAAAGACCAAAGGAGCGAACGGCCAUCAGGAUGGGCACCAGACUGGAAGCAUGGAUGUGGACGAGGAACUAUGA